AUGGAUCAAACUUCCACUAAAGAUCUCGGUAAAGAGAUAUGCACAGAAGAAAGGCCUUUCCCAUGCAAAUAUUGCAGUCAAAAGUACUCUUCCUCACAAGCUUUGGGAGGACACCAAAAUGCACAUAAAAAAGAGCGCACCCUAGAAAAAUUUCGUAAAGACUUUCACGCUGAUCGUUUUAGGCUUCCCCCAUAUCCUUCUUAUCCUUAUCCUCUUUCCUCUCCCUCUAUUCAUGCAGGGUACAUGUCAUUUCGUGGCUCCUUGAUUCCAAGGAUUUCUUUUCCUUGGACAUCAACUGGACUUUAUCCUUCCUUAUCACCACAAUUUAAUGCAAUAGGAAAUAUGAAAAGUCAUGCAAUUCAAAGUACAAGAGAAGAGAAUGGUAAUGAAACACUUUCACUUUUUCCAAAUGUUACAGCCAAUCUAGCCAGCCAUGUUAUGAACAAACCAAUAAGAAGUGAUCUUCAUUCCAUGCCAGAAGAAAAUUCCGACAUUGAUUUGUCACUUACUCUUGCUUUAAAACGAUGA